AUGGCUAUAGUUAACGCAGCCUUUUGUUCUCUUUUUUUUUUUUCCGCAGUAGAAGUGGAUUACCUUGCAGAUGAGCUCAGCGAAAUCAGAUUGGUACUUGAAGAUCAGAAAUUUAGAGUCAAGAAUACAGCUGUGAACAAAAGUUUGACGUCGUUUUGCAAAACUGGACAUUUUAACCGAGAGCAAGUAAAUUCUAUAGUGUCCAACAGAGUUGUGUUACCGACCAUCGAAGGAAGGGAACUCUCCCUUUUUCAAGAUAGCUUCAAUCUAGAAGCGCCCGGCUUGAAACACCUGAGAAGUCUGAAUAGAUGUGACACUUCCUUCUUCCUUGGCUUAGAAGAGGAAAGUAUCCAAUCUCAUGUAAUCACGGAGUGUGAAAGGUGGUGCUUCCUGUUUAAGUGCAUAAAAGACAGCAGUUCACAGAGUCACACCUUUGUCGCUGAAGGUGGACAAUUUGUACAAAAAGUUAAUCAGGAAACCCAAGCUGUUAUGAUGGGGGCUUCCUCUGGCUGCUUUGAAGACAUUCCUUGCAUACAAUCAACUAGGGAACUCUUAACAACGUCAGAUAAUCCGGAGUUAGCUGUUCAAUUCAGUACGACUCAAGGGUCAAUGAAGCAUUCCACUUCUUCCAAUUUAUGGGUGUUGAGUUGUCUGUACCGUCCAGCGAGGAGGAUUUUGUUUGUAUAUGUUGCAGACAACAGUGGUAUUUUAUCUCGCAAAGCGUAUUUCAAUGAUAACAGAUACGAAUUGUCAACUCAGUGCUGGCAGUGGCAGCGAUACAGCAGCAGUUUAUUUGAUGUCCAAAAUAGGCUACAAGAAGUAAAAAAACUAUCAGCGCCCACUAGACCAGAAUUUGGCCCAAACCCUCUUCCUACGUACAAUGGAAAGGACACCAGGAGUGCGCUUAAUAGCGACUUGGUUAAGUCAGCAUAUCCAAGGAAGGUCUUUACCCCUGAAUAAAUGCCAUUCUGAAGAUCCUUGCCUUGUGGAGGAUAAAACGAGUCACCCAUCCGCAAGAGACGUGACUGAUUACCAGAGAGAAAGAAAGAAAACGUUAUAUGAAGGACACUUACAUGGGGACGGUGAAAAUAAUAUAGCCUGCAUUGACAAGUACCCCUUAUUUCGAAUAUGGAUGAAAAACGAAGAAGGACCUCUUUGGAUUAUAACAUAUCCCCCUUCUAAAACCCUCCAUGCGGUCAGCAAAGGAAUUAGUGAUGCCCAAAACGAGGUUAAUGUCGAGAAUUCAUCAGUCCGUCAGCCUGUUUAUAGACAGAUAUCGCGGAAACAGAGAACUGGCUCGCACGAAGGCGAGGCUCGCAAUAUUUUAGUAAGGGGAGACUGGGGAAAACGCCAUAAUGAAGGUUUAGCACAUAUCGCAUCACUAACUGCUUUUCACCGUACAAUCGACAAAGUCGGUGAAGACCUGGAUGGAGACUUAAGAAACGACCUGGAUGGAGACUUAAGAAACGACCUGGAUGGAGACUUAAGAAACGACCUGGAUGAAGAAGAAUACUGCUUUAGAGACUUGGGAAAAGGCCGGGGUGAGGGUUUGGCGAAAAGUGCCACAUUAACUGAUUUCACCCUAAAAAUAAACAGCGAAUGCGGAUACUUCGGUAGAGACUUUGGAAACGUCCCCGGUAAAGUUUUGGCGAAGCCUAAGUCAGCAACUGCAUUCACCCUAGCAAUCAACAACGAAGACGGAUACCAGAAUAAAGACUGGAAAAAAUCCCUGGGUCAAGGUUUGGCGAAGAGUGCCUCAUUAACUGUUUUCAGCCUAACAAUCGACGCCAAACGUGGAUACCUGCAUUAAAACUGGGAAAAAGACUUAAGUGAAGGGUUGGCUAAGAGUGCCUCACUAACUGCUUUCACCCUAACAAUCAACAAAUAACAUGGAUUC